GCAAAGUCCUGCAGCAACUAUACGGCUGUAAAAAGUUGUUGCGGGCUGGCUUUGCGCCCUUCUGGAAGCUUUUUCUCUCUGCAGGAGUCGUCUCCGCCAGCUGCAGCUGUGUGAAGGCCUGGUUGCUGCUUUUGCAGGCCUGGUCAGCCAUCGCUAUCACGCGCAAGGCUGCAAUGGCCGCCCUGCAGCAGCAGGCCGCGUCGCCCGAGGAGGCCCUCGUCGACAAGGUUUUAGGAGCGGAGCAGCCGACGGGCCGACUGUACCGCGGCCUGAUCACGGCGCUCCGGGACGACGCCGAGACCGCCGAGGGCCUGGCCGCCGCGCGCAAGAUUCUGAAAGCGCUCGCGGCGCGCGCGCCCGCGCUCGCCGAGGACCGCCACGCGCGCCUCUGGAGGGCGCUCUGCGACUCUAUCAGUCAGGGCGACGGCCUGCUCGCGGAGCGGGCCUUUUGCCUCAGAGAGGUCGUGAGCGCGAACGCCACCCGAGUCAAGGACGCGCUCGACGGCAUCGCUCGCGCCGCCGCGGCCGACGCCGACGAUGUAAUGAGGACGGGGCUCGCGCAAUGCCUCGCGGACGUCGUCGAGCGGUGCCCGCAGGGCCGCGCCGAGGUGACGUCAUCGGUAAGGAAGGCCUGGCCCUACGUCAAUGCUGGUGAAGAGACGCACGACGGGUAUACGCGUUUUGUGAUAGACGCGCUCCGGUGCUGCGACGACCGGGGGCCCUUGCUGACGACGUGCGUCGAGCGCGCCCUUGCUUUGGAUUGCGCGGCGGCGCAGCAGGUUUUCGCGAUGGACGAGGACGCGGCCAAGGACGCGGCCGCGGACAAAGUCGUAUCCCGCCUCAUCGCCUACGUCGCCAAGACCUGCGUAUCAGAUGCCGACGCCGAGUUGCUGCUCCAGGCGACGCUCGGGCCCUGCCUGGCGACGCCGCGGGCGCAGACCGCGCCCUUCGUCGUCUUCGCCGCGGCCGCGCCGACGCCCACGAGGGCGGCGGCCUUCUGCCGGACGCUGUCGUCCCUCGUGAGCGACGAGGCGACGGCCGACGCGCGGCGGACCGCGGCCAUCGCCUACCUGAGCUCCUUCGUCUGCCGCGCGGCCGUCGUCGACGCGGGCCUCGUAGCUUUAGCGUGCGCGACGCUCUUCGAGCGGUGUCGACGGUGCCGCGAGCUCUUCGAAGCGGGCGACAAGCACCUCGCUGCUAAACGGCACGUCGACGCGGCGCGCGGGCUGCUUUAUGUGUUUGCGUUCCGCGGCGAGGAGAUUUUAGGAAGGCGCGGCUGGGACGCGCGCUGCGACGCGGUCUGCGCGCCGAAAAGCUGGGACGCGGCGUUGGGUAUCAGAGCGCCCGCGGCGCUCGACGCGCUGCGGGGCUGCCGCGCGCGGCUGCUGGGCGAGUUCGCGCGGGUGGCGGCGCGCGAGCCGCCCUUCCUGUCGCGCGCGGCGGCGGCGCGCGUGCGCGAGGCGCGCCGGGAUGCGACGGAGGCGGCGGACGACGGCCUCUUCUUCCCCUUCGACCCCUGCCGCCUGCCGCGGACGAAGGCCGCCGUCGCGGCGCUCUUCCGCGAGUGGGCCGCCGCCGAAGCCGAGGAGUCCUCCUCGUCCUCGUCGGACGACGAGUCGGGGUCGUCGGACGACGACGCGGCGCCGAUGAGCCUCGCGACGUCUCUCCACGAGCAGGACGAGGCCUGGUAGUAACUAGCAAGUUGUGUUAGGAGGAGGGGGUCGACGUGGGGGGGAAGAGCUA